UCUACAUAUCAGUAGGUUUAGGGAUCCCAGUCGAGCCCCUGAUUUUGAACAAUUCUGUACUGAAACCAUUGAUAUCAUCCAACCAGCUCUUGUUUUAGUUACAGGCGACUUGACUGAUGCCAAAACAAAGGAUAACAUUGGGUCUGAUCAGGUAGAGGUGGAGUGGCAAACUUACCAGACAAUCCUGAAAAGGUCUAAGGUCAUGGAAAAAACCAAAUGGAUCGACAUUAAAGGGAAUCAUGAUUCAUUCAACAUCCCAAGCCUGGACAGUGUCAAGAAUUACUAUAGGAAAUACUCUGCAUGGCGUAAGGAUGGCUCUUUCCAUUACAUCCACCACACAUCUUUUGGCAAAUAUUCUUUCAUCUGUGCUGAUGCAACCCUCAUGCCAGGUCCCAAGAGACCCUACAAUUUCUUUGGGAUUUUAAAUGCGAGUCAAAUGGAAGAACUGUCUUUGCUGGCUACUGAAAGUCAUGACAGUAACCACACCAUUUGGUUUGGUCAUUAUCCCACCUCAGCAAUCAUCUCUCCAUCGCCAGGAAUACGAAUGCUUAUGAGAUCUGCUACAGCCUAUUUGUGUGGACACUUCCAUACGCUGGGUGGUCUGAUGCCAGUCCUGCAUACUCAGCACCAUCAUGGCACUCUAGAACUGGAGCUGGGAGACUGGAAGGAUAAUCGGAAGUUCAGGAUUCUUGUGUUUGAUCAUGAUCUCUUCAGUUUUGCUGACCUGAAUUUUGAAGAAUGGCCUGUAGUUGUUGUCACCAAUCCGAAGCCAUUCCUUUAUAGUAGCUCUGCGCAUGAACCGCUACAGAGAAUCCUUCAUUCUACCCACAUCAGAAUUUUGGCCUUCUCUCCUUCUCCUAUCAAGUUUGUCAAGGUCAGUAUUGAUGGCAUUCAUCUUGGUGAUGCUCUUCAGGUGUCUGGACCUCUCUAUGUACUGAAAUGGAGCCCCCAAAACUACAGUCAAGGAUUUCAUCAAAUAAAUGUGACCGUUCAGGAUGCCAGUGGUAGGAGUACUACUCAGAAUCAUCCAUUUGCUAUGGAAGAAAAUCUUUCUCUUAAGUUUGGUCUCUUGCCGUCUUGGAUUCUUCUUGCGGACCACUAUAUAUGGGUUCGAGUAGUAUUUGCACUGAUGGUUAUCAUCCAAAUUGCUUUUCUGAUUAUUUUCCGAUAUUUAGGAAGGCCAUCACUUAAAGGACCUCUCACCAGGGCAACACAGACCUCUCUUUCACUUCACAUCCUGAGCAAAACAAACCUCUUCUAUUACUUCUUUUUGCUGCUGAACAUAUAUACUGUUUUAGGUCCCUGGUUUGUUGGUGAGAUAAUAGAUGGUCACAUGGGUGCCUGCUUUUCUUUUGGGGUAAUAGUUGAUGGCCAUUUCUUUCAAGGCAGCAUAACAUUCUUUGUUGGAAUUUUGCAGGUGAUGUUUUUCAACAUACCUUUGAUGGUAUAUCUAUGUUGGUGCCUGUUUCUGCGUUGCCAAGGAAACUGCUUUGGCUCACACCUGUAUAAUGUUAAACGAUGUCAUGCCGUGCCUGUCCACCUGACCAUGGUGCUCCUGUUUUCCUGGCAAGUCUACUCCUGCUUUUUCCUGCUGCAGACCUAUGGAACUCUGGCUUUCUUUCUGUCUCCACUGAGGUCCUGGAUUGUGGGGCUAACUCUCUUUGUGGUCUACAGAAGCUGGACAAUGAACUCUUCUACUCUGAGAACCUUUAUCGUGCAAAUGAAAAACAAUCAAAGCUCUUAAUAGCUCUUUUUCAGGCAGAUCCAAGU